AUGGAGGCCGUCUUUCCUAUAUCUGAACACACAAGUAACUCAGUUCUUUUCCUGAUCAUGGAGGUCUACCACAACCUGCAAAUGCUGAGCGUCCUAUUGGAAGCAAGGAUUAUAAGUGAUGCCAUGUCCUGCUAUUCAAAACUAACCAAGUUCUCAUUUCAUAUUUUUAUCGUUCAAACUAUACUCAUGGAUCCACCCAACCCGGUUUUUGAGCCUCUUCGACAAACACGAGCUCAAAAGAGACCACGUGAGGCCGGAAGUGAGGCCGAAGCUGAAGCCGGAGGCUCGACCGCGGCCACAAAAACAAGACGGACCCGCGCGAGAGUUAACCUGGAAUUUCCCUUGUAUACCACCGAAGACAAAUCAACUAUAAGAAAAAAGACAGCUCAAGACAAAAAGAAAGAUUGUGUGGGAACAAAUACUGCAUUUAAUACGCGAGCCACCAAGAAGAAAAAUGAGAAGAAAAGUUCAAACAACACUCAACUCAAAGCUGCACCUCCGCCCAACAAGUAUUCAGGCCUUACGCUGGUAGCUAUGCGAAACAUAAUGAAGUCAUCUGGCGUGAAGGGACUUGGCUCCAUGAAGAAAGACGAGCUGCUCCAACUCUGUUUACUCUACAAUCCGGACGUUCCUUCCUCGCUACCUUCAAAAUCUAAGACACCAACAUCAAAUACUCAGACUCGGCUUGAGCUGACAAAUGAAUUUCGAGAAUCGCUAGAUGAGGAAGACAGGCGUGAAUCCAGCGACGAAGAUCUACCCAUUGUUCGUAAUCGUAGAAAAGUACUUCGUUUUUCCAGUCCAGAACAAGAGGAUCCUGCUAUAAUUUUAUAUCAAAGUCCAAACCGUCAAAUUAGUGAAGUAGAUCUUGAUGAUCUGCCAAGUGCCACAGAUUUGGCUUUGCCCGGUUCAGCACCUCUUGGAUUGUCCUUGACCGCCUCAAAAAGUGAAGGUAGACAGAAACAAACCCCCGAUCCCAGUGAGGUUUCAUCACACCGCGAUCUUCCAAGUCGCGAAAGAGGCACCGCGCUCCCUCGGCCUGCUCCAACAGACUUAUCAGGACGAAGUGGAUCGAGAUCAACACAAAACACCCGACCUGAUUGUCACGAAAGUGACGAUAGUGACUGGGACCCAAGAGAAGGAUCAGCACCUCUUGCAUCCGUCUCGACCGCCUCAAAAGGUAAAGGUAAACAGAAACAAACCCCCGAUGAUUUUCCAAGUCGCGAAAGAGGCACCGCGCUCCCUCGGCCUGCUCCAACAGACUUAUCAGGACGAAGUGGAUCGAGAUCAACACGAAACACCCGACCUGAUUGCCACGAAAGUGACGAUAGUGACUGGGACCCUAUUAGACUGUCUGAAGAUGAAGAUUCCGAACACGAUGAUGAUAAUUCACCCGCUCCAUCUCAGGAUCCGAACGAAUACAUUACUCCAACAGACAAAGACUCUAUGGAACUCGACAAUGGACCAGAAUCAAUAGUUGAAAGAAUCUUAGGUCCUCAGAGGACACAGUCGAGGAAUGUGGCAGCAACUCCAAAUGCAGAUGACUCCGCCGAUCUUCGCGAACAAGUUCAAUCUUUGACUCAAGCGGUACGAGAGCUAGCGAAAAAUAUGGCUACUCAGAAUAACAAUGUUUCUGGAAAUGUGCGCAGCGGUGGAUCAGGACAAACUGGUAAGCGCAAAUGUAGCGCAGAAUUUCUGGGUCGCAUACGAGGUCAUGUACGCAAACUGAUGGGACUACGAGAGAAUGAAGAUAUACCAGCAAGCGCAACUCGAGCGCAGAUGUCGUCUUGGAAACUUUCAACUACAAAAGGCGCAAUGUUAUCUAGUGUCAAUCCCAACCACCUACAACAAAUCUGUAAUGAGGUUGGUUCUGACCCUCGCUUUCCGUAUAAAGGAGGUCCUGGCGGGGAAUUCUCUAAUCCUCAGGAGCUACUGAUAAUGUGGACGAUAAUGAAUCGAGUUGGGGUCUUGUCAUUCCGCCCGUGCUGGGAGGAACCAAUCACUUCCCCUGCCAAUUCAUUUUUAUGGCGUCUUGCUGCCGCCAUCUUUAUUCAGCUGGUCAAGUGUGGUCAAUACGACAAUGUCACUUCGGAAGAUUCAAAUUUUGAUGUUGUCUUUGGAGCCCUCAAGAAACACGCAAGACAAUCUUUACAGCGCAUCGUUCGCGAAAGAAACGAGUGGCCAGCGGCCAAGAUCAAAGCUUCAAAGAAAACUUGUGUUCGACAACAAAGGGUAUGGGGUAUGAAGGUCCGCCGAAAAGCUAUGGCUCUCAGCUUGGGAUUGCCACUGCUAUGCAAUGUAAUUGAUCAUUGCUGCAGUGAUGACGAAAGUGAUUUCGAAGACGAACCUUCAGGAUCAAGCAAAAAAAUCUUUCGAGUGAAGAAACUUGCAUGGCGCAGCGCUGAAUUACAAACUUUGAUAUUUAGUCUUGAAGCACACCGGUCUAAGCAGAAAGAAAUCAGUCCAAAAGGUACACAAGGAGUCAGGCCUACAGAACGAAUUCGUGGCUCGGACAUGGCUCUUAGUCAAGUUAAGGCUCCACCUGGCCUUCCUAUUGACUGCUACGAUCAGGAGUGGUUAAAGGAUCUUGAGGAAAACCAUGCAGAUCAAUACGAGGUGCUGCAGGUAGACCCCACACCAAUACUUCCAGCUAUCGAGACACGUGCUUACAAUGUUCUGAAAAUUAAAAAACUAUUUCAAGCCCUAAGAGACAUGAUACCUUCCUCUAAUCAACUUUGCAAAGUAAAUAAUUUGGUGGUACAAAUGAUUAAAGCGAUGGUAUGA